GGACUUGUUCCAACAAUCUGCUAAAACAUGGUGGAUUAUUUUGAAGUUCUAGGCAUGCAGAGACAUGCCUCACCUGAGGAUAUCAAAAAGGCGUAUCGGAAACUGGCACUAACGUGGCACCCAGAUAAAAAGCCUGAGAAUAAAGAAGAAGCAAAGAGAAAGCUCAAACAAGUAGCCAAGGCCUAUGAGGUGCUAUCAGAUGCCAAAAACCAAGACAUCUAUGACAAAUACGGCAAAGAAGGAUUAAAUGGUGGUGGAGGGGGAGGUGGAAAUCAUUUUGACAGUCCUUUUGAGUUUGGCUUCACAUUCUGGAACCCAGAUGAUGUCUUCAGGGAAGUUUUUGGUGGAAGGGAUCCAUUUUCAUUUGACUUCCUUGAAGACCCAUUUGAUGACUGUUUUGGGAACCGAAGAGGUCCCGGAGGAAGCAGAAACCCAGGCACGGGCUCCUUCUUCUCUGCCUUCACUGGGUUUCCAUCAUCUGGAGGUGGAUUUUCUUCAUUUGAUCCAACAGAAUUGUGGAGAAUGGUGAAGAAAGGGUAGAAGCUGAAGAAGAUGGCCAGUUAAAGUCCUUAAGGAUAAAUGGUAAGGAGCAGCUGCUACGCUUGGAUAACAAGUAAUUCAACACAUGCAUUUAACAGAAAUGUUAAACAAUAACAAGCACCAUUUGAGGAUUAACAGGAACAUUUUUCUUUUGAAGAUUUCAAACGAACUCUACUUACAGUAUAACUCUACCUAAUCUAAAGUAUUUAUAAACAGCUCAUCGGAGCCCCUGUUUGUCAUAGACUUUUUGCGUUUAUUGUUGGGACCACACGAUAGGACCAUUUUUUUUGUCUUCACAAUUGUUGUAAU